ACCGGUACCGGAGGGGCACCGAGGGGUCAGUCCCUGCCUGAGCCGGCCCCGCUGCCCGCAGGGAUCUGGGCGGCGGCGCGGGACGGGGACGAGGCGCGGGUGCUGCAGUUGCUGGAGCGGAGCGGGGACCCCGCGGAGCCCGACCUGGCGGGGUACACGGCCCUGCACUACGCCAGCCGGAACGGGCACCUGGGCGUGUGCCGGCUGCUGCUGGAGCGGGGCGCUCCGUGCGACGCCCGGACCCCCGGCGGGGCCACCCCGCUGCACCGCGCCUGCUACUGCGGCCACCUGGCUGUCACCGAGCUGCUGCUGGCGAGCGGCGCUGACCCCGCGGCCACCGACAGCGACGGCAGAAGCGGCCUGCACAAGGCCGCCGAGCAGGGACACCGCGAGCUCUGCGCGCUGCUGCUGCGGCACCGGCCGGCCCUCGCCGCUCUCCGCGAUGCCAGGGGCCGGCGGCCCAGGGACGGAGCCCACCCGGCCGUGUGGGACCUGCUGGACACCUGAGGGGACGCCGGACGGCCACAGCCACCCGCGUGGACAGACACGCCCCGUGGCACUGUCGCGGUGCCACCUCUGCCCGGUGCCGGGGUCACCCGGGGGGAGGUGCAGAUCCCCCCCAUCCCCUCUUUCCCGGGACUUCUGUUUGCUAAAGAAACAAAGAAACCGCUAAAAAGUUGGAAAACGGCGUUUGUUGGGGCAGUGAAUUCGGCGGG